CGCCAAACAACCCGCACGUGGAGAAGGAUGUAAAACAUUUUUUGAUAAACAAACGAUGCGGGGAUAAAGCUUUUUUUGAUAAUGAAUGUAUCAAUGAACAGUAUCAAUGAACAUUGGAAUGAGUACUCCCGACUAUUCGCAUCUAAGCUCAAAAGACUUCCAUGAUGUUUACGAGCCAGCAGAAGACACUUUCCUACUCCUCGAUGCACUGGAGAAGGAUGUCGAGCAUCUUCACAGUUCGAGGCCUUGCGUUUGUGUUGAGAUUGGGCCAGGCUCAGGCAUUGUCAUAACCUUUCUGGCUCAGUUGUUAAAGAGCAUGGCCUUCUUUUUAGGAGUGGAUACGAACCCUAAAGCAGCCACCAGCACAAGACGCACAGCUGACCAGAAUGGUGUUCAUGUUGAGGCUGUGACCUCUGACCUUUUGAGUGCCCUCCAACCACGCCUUGAGGGCAGUAUUGAUGUCUUGAUUUUCAAUCCGCCGUAUGUCGUCACACCAUCUGAAGAGGUUGGAAGUUCAAGUAUCGCCUCGUCCUGGGCAGGAGGCAAAGACGGAAGGGAAGUCCUGGAUCGAUUAUUACCACAAGUAUCAAAACUGCUCUCGCCAAAGGGAUCUUUCUACUUACUGGUCAUCAAGGAGAAUAAACCUGAUGAUAUUCGAAGGUUAAUGGCAAAGCAAAACCUCACAUCUCAAGUUGUACUGGAGAGACGGGCUGGACCAGAGAAUUUGUCGGUGAUAAAAUUUUAUAGAGACUUGGCAUUGUGCAGUUGACAAGAAGAGUAAGAAUUUGCGUAGCCUACAGAUUUUAUGCUCUAAGUUAGUAACCCUCCCACAGUCUGACCAUUCAUGUUGGUUUUGAAUAAGGGAAUUAAAGUGACUAGUUCUUUAACGGCCGUUUAAAACCAGCAGGGCCGUUUUUGUGCGAUGAGGGCCUUUAUCGCUUGGCAAAGAUCCUGCAAGGUUUUAAACGGACUUUUAGAACGAGUCACUUCUCUUAGUCUUUUAUUUUCAUUCAUAAAUGCCCUUUUGAUAAAAAACAGACACGCGGAAGCCUGCCGGUUGUAAACAGCUCCAGCUGGUCACUAUCAACCAAUUUAAACACCCCCACGUGACGCAAUAUCCACCAAUAGGAGUAGCAAAACUAUCUGGGGUAGUUAUGAAAGAUGGACUAACCAUACCAGCUUGCAGUGUAUAAAGUGCACACAUACAUGACAUACAGCCCUUUUCGAAUCAACGGCUUCAGCGUCAGGCUUAGUCCUCACGUCUGAAACCAUGAGCGCGUACUCAAAGCAUGCCCAAUCAUUGUCAAAAUGAACCGCAAGGCCAAUCUAGCCUGACCAGAAUCUGGAGCCGAAGCUGUGGAUUCGAAAUAGGGCUGUAUGUUUUGAUCUCAUCUUGCUCAUGACAAGAGGUAGCGUGACUGGGCUAUCCAACUUUGCAAUUUAUAGCACAUUCCAGAGAUCUACUGUUCAGCCUAAGUCAAUCCUCGUCCGUAAUCACCUUUCACCUACAUUCAUUUCACAUGAAGAAUCAAGGAAAUUCCUUCAUAAUUAUAAAUAAUAAUAGCUAAUUCUUAUAUAGCGCAUUUCCUAACUGAAAGAAAUACCAAUGCGCUCUACAAAAAAAACAAAAGUCAAAAAUAAACAACCAAUUAACAAUAAAUACACUAUUAAACAAUAUGCAAACAAAAGGAUUAAACUGAACAGUAGACAAUAGAAAACAAAUGGGAUUUGAGCAGAGUUUUGAAUUGGUCCAUGCUCUGUGGAGAGCGGAUGUUGCCGGGAAGAGAGUUCCAAAGUGAUCAAAGGGAUGAUGAUGAUUCAUAUUUUAAUACAAUACUUUAUGCAAGUAAAUGUAGUGUACGUCUUAAUACACAUGUGCACACUGCAUGCAGCAGACUCCCGAAAGUAAGCUUUUUGUAUAUGUGUUUUGACCGGUCAGAGGUGAUGUUUGUCAGCUGCACCCAUAUCACCUUAGACCAAUCAAAAAACAGAUACGGACAGCUUAAUUAGUCACUGCACACUAUCCAAUGAAGUCAUUGCAACCAAUGAAAUCACUGGUUCUUUAAAGCCAGUAAAGACAGGGGACCAGUCUAAUGUUCAUGUAGUUCUUUUAUGUACAGAUUUGUAUUAAUGUGAAAAUAUGUUGCAUUGUAAAUAUUAUGUUAAUUUUAAAUGGUGACAGUACUAUAAACACUUCAUAGUGUCAUAAAGUUCUCAUUUAUAAGGCUUAAAAAAAACUUUUAAUCAACACAGACGUGGUUGGUUACCACUAUCACCUUGCUUUAAGCCAUUGAACACUUUCGGCAAACAGUAUUGUUCAAGUCCCACACUUCGUGUGUCACAACUUAUAUAUAAAAUAA